AUGUGUCCAAUAUGGCCACUGCAUAUCAUCAUUUUAUACCUGCUGGCGUUGUAUCCCAUGUGGGCUGUAUGCCAGGCGGUACCAAAUCUACUGGCAACAUUCGACCCUAGCGAUCUCACCGUGCAUAUGGACGCUUAUAAAUUCGUCAAUGUUACCGUCACAGGUAACGGGCUACUGCCAGCCGAUGAAAUUAUAGUAAAGGUUCCAAACGAUCAUGUGGCGAAUGCUGAUUGGAACUCUACGAAUAAACUCACAGAAGAAGAAGCAUCAAGUAUGAGAUGGCAGGGUCGAUUGCAAGUCUCUGGAAAAUUUCUUGGUAGGACAGAUCUCUUACUAGAAUUGCGCAGAGGCGCCUCUGUUCGUCCAGUUAAUGGUACGAUGCCCGUUACUGUGAUCCGUCCGGAGCGAAUCAUUGAUACUAUAUUUACGUCCAGUGUUGCCACAUUUGUAUCGCUUAUAUUCAUAAACUUUGGUUGCGCCAUGCAUUGGCCUACGGUAAAGGAAGUAAUUAAAAGGCCGAUCGGCCCUAUCAUUGGCAUGUGUGGACAGUUCCUCUUUAUGCCGUUGAUGUCGUUCGGGCUGGGCUUCCUGGUGUUCCCGUCGCUCCCGGAGAUGCGGCUGGGCAUGUUCUGCACGGGCGUAGCGCCGGGCGGCGGCGCCUCCAACAUCUGGACCUUCAUCCUCGGGGGGAACCUCAAUCUAUCGCUCGCUAUGACCACCAUUUCUACCCUCGCAUCCUUCGGUUUCAUGCCCCUCUGGCUGUUCUCACUCGGCCAGGUGGUGUUCCGUAACGCGAACAUUGUCGUUCCAUACACCCGUAUUGCAACUUUUGUUGUGGGCCUUAUAGUGCCUUUAGGCAUAGGUCUCGCAAUGCAAAAAUGGACUCCACGGCUUUCCGCGUUCAUGGUCCGCAUCCUCAAAGGAUUUUCGACCACCCUGUUGCUGUUUAUCAUCAUUUUCGCCAUUGUCACCAAUCUGUACAUCUUCGAACUGUUCACGUGGGAGAUCGUAGUCGCAGGCAUGGGAGUCCCGUGGCUGGGCUACGCCGCCGGUUAUUUACUGGCGAGAGUUUGCCGCCAACCGCACCCCGACGCGUUGGCGAUAUCCAUUGAGACCGGCAUCCAGAAUACCGGCAUCGCAAUCUUCCUGUUGCGUUACGCUUUGCCGCAACCCGAAGCAGAUCUUACCACAGUUGUACCGGUGGCAGUUGCUAUUAUGACUCCCAUUCCCAUGACAGCUAUCUACAUCUACCAGAAGAUAAAGGGAUGCUACGACAACCGAAGACAGGACAAAAAAAUCCUUGAUGAAAGCAACAGCGUCAUACCCGGCAACCCCGAGCCCGGAGUCGUCGCUACCAUUGAUGUCAAAUAA